AUGGAAAUAGCCAUAGAAGAAGUCGGGGAACUUGAAUUCUCUGGCUCUAGCACUACUACCACAAUUGAAGAUGAAAUGGCAUGCACUUGGGAAGACUGGGGCCCGAUUGUAGACUGGGAAAUGUUCCCCGGCGAAGACGAUUUGAUGGGGCUCAUUGAAUCAAUGAUGGACGAUCAACACGAAGUAGUGGCUCAGUUUGAAGAGCCAUGUAAUUCGAUUACAACGACCACCACCACCACCACCACAACUACUACUACUCUGGCUACAGCUGAAGAAGAAUUGAGUGAUGGCAAUGGCGAGGAUUCAAAGGGAUUGAGGCUGGUGCAUCUAUUGAUGGCAGCAGCUGAGUCUCUGACCGGCACUAACAAGUGCCGCGACCUGGCUCGGGUGAUAUUGGUUCGGCUCAAGGAGUUGGUGUCGCCGACAGACGGCACUAACAUGGAACGCCUCGCGGCGUACUUCACCGAUGCUCUCCAGGGGCUGCUGGAGGGCACUGGUGCUACGCAUUCCAAGCAUUCCACCGGGGCCCACAAUCACCGCGACGAUCCACACCAUCAUAAUCAGAACGACGUGCUGGCAGCCUUCCAACUAUUGCAGGACAUGUCUCCGUAUGUGAAGUUCGGGCACUUCACGGCGAAUCAGGCCAUUUUGGAGGCCGUCGCGAAUGAUCGGCGCGUCCAUAUAGUGGACUACGACAUCAUGGAAGGGAUUCAAUGGGCCUCACUCAUGCAGGCUCUCGUGUCGAGAAAGGACGGUCCGCCCACGCCGCACCUGCGGAUCACCGCACUGACGCGUGGCGGCAGUGGCGGCGUCAGGAGAUCGAUCGGGACCGUCCAGGAGACGGGGCGACGGCUCGUAGCAUUCGCGGCGUCGAUUGGGCAGCCCUUCUCAUUCCAUCAGUGCAGAUUGGAUCCGGACGAGAACUUCCGUCCGUCGUCGGUGAAGCUGGUGAAGGGCGAGGCGCUUGUGGUGAACUGCAUGCUUCACCUCCCGCACUUCUCCUACCGUGCGCCGGACUCGGUGGCGUCGUUCCUAUCGGGAGCCAAGGAUCUGGGCCCGAGGCUGAUCACGCUCGUGGAGGAGGAGCUGGGGCCAACCGGCGAGCUGGGGUUCGUGGGGCGAUUCAUGGACUCGCUACACCACUACUCAGCCGUUUACGACUCGCUGGAAGCGGGGUUCCCGAUGCAGGGUAGGGCUCGGGCGCUGGUGGAGCGGGUGUUCCUAGGUCCCAGGAUAGCAGGGUCGCUCGCCAGGUGCUACCUUGCGCGGGGGGAGGAGGAUGAAGAGUCGUGGGGGGCGUGGAUGGCUGGGGCAGGUUUUAACCCUGUAGGGAUUAGCUUCUUCAACCAUUGCCAGGCGAAGCUGCUGUUGGGUCUAUUCAACGACGGAUAUAGAGUAGAGGAGGUGGCCCAUAACAAGCUCGUCUUGGGUUGGAAAUCUCGCAGGCUUCUCUCUGCUUCCCUUUGGUCUGCUCCUUCCAUUUCCCAAAAUGCCCCUCCCGAUUCCCAUCUUCCAAAGUAA